GGGUGAAGGCAGAAACGAAACGGAAUCUCUGUCCGAUCGUCUCAACAAACAUAAAAACUCUUUCAACCUCUCUCCAACUCAAUUCCAUCAUACCACUUUUAUAUCUCUUCAUCUACCCACAACUUUAAAAAAGAUACCCCAUAUCAAAUCAAUAUUAUAAUCAUGUCUUCUUCUUUAGAUCAACUCAAAGCCACUGGCACCGUAAGUAAACAAUCUGUUUUCUUUUGUUGAUGACUCGGGUCCGGCCCGGAACCAUGAAGAAUACUCAUGAAGGAGAUGGAAUUUGAGGAUAUACUUUUGAACACAGUGUGCUAACCAUUACCUUUUCAUGAUAGACCGUCGUCUCUGACUCUGGUAUGUACCAAUCUAUGCUACCUCCAUAAUUUCCAUUGCUUCAGACAUUUACUGACUCGUAUUCCUGUCUAGGUGACUUUGCUUGUACGUUCUCAUCUCUACAACCUCUCGCCACCAUUCCUACGAUUGAUCACUGAUCUAUACAAUUAGCCAUUGCCCAAUAUAAGCCACAAGAUGCUACCACCAACCCAUCUUUGAUUCUUGCCGCCUCCAAAAAAGCCGAAUAUGCCAAACUCAUUGACACCGCCGUCGCAUACGGAAAGGGAGUAGAUGGUGACCUUGAAAAGAAGACCGAUGCCACUCUCGAUCGUCUUCUCGUCGAGUUCGGUAAAGAAAUCUUGAAGGUCGUUCCAGGAAAGGUUUCAACUGAGGUUGAUGCUCGUUUCUCUUUCGAUACCAAGGCCACUAUUAACAAGGCUCUCCGAAUUAUCGAUGUAUGUUAUAUACUUUCUGACCCCUGAUUUUGAGAAUAAUUGUACCUCAAUUGAAAUCGAAUUGAUAAUAACAUAUGUGUCCUAUACAGCUUUACAAAUCAGAGGGUAUUGACAAGUCUCGUAUUUUGAUCAAGAUUGCUUCCACUUGGGAAGGUAUCCAGGCCGCCCGUGUCCUUCAACGCGAUCACGGAAUUAACUGCAAUCUUACCCUCCUCUUCUCCAAAUCCCAAGCCGUUGCUUGUGCCGAAGCCGGUGCUUUCCUCAUCUCCCCAUUCGUCGGUCGUAUCCUCGAUUGGUACAAGGCAUCUACCGGAAAGACCUACUCCGCUCAAGAAGACCCAGGUGUCGAAUCCGUUAAGGCUAUCUUCGACUACUACAAGAAAUUCGGAUACAAGACCAUUGUUAUGGGAGCUUCUUUUCGUAAUGUUGGUGAGAUCACUGAACUUGCUGGAUGUGACUACCUUACCAUCUCACCAAACUUGUUGGAGGAGUUGAAGAACUCCACUGAAGCCGUCCCCAAGAAGUUGAUCGCUGAGAACGCUAGCAGUUUGGAUAUCGAGAAAUUGACCUACAUUGAUGAUGAACCUGAAUUCAGAUUUGCAUUCAAUGAGGAUGCUAUGGCUGUUGAGAAGUUAAGAGAAGGUAUCAGCAAGUUUGCUGCUGAUGCCGUUACCUUGAAGGAUAUCUUGAAGGCUAAGUUGCAAUAAAUUGCUUUUUGAGUCUUGGGUGGUGGUUGAUAAUAUAGUUAUUGGUUAUUCAUGGAGGUCAAAAUUGAAAGAUCGAAUGAUUACGAUUUGUAUUUACGCAUGGCCAGAAAUGAAUUGAGCAAAUGAAUGAAUUUGAUGAUUAAUU